UAGAAGUGGAGUUGAGUGUGCAUGUUACACGGUUAAACAUGUUAAAAAGUUUUUCUGAAAUUUUAGUUUUAUGUUACAUUUGGUGCCCAAAUCAUUCUAUAAGAACUGAUAUAUUAAACUUUUCUCCGUCUUGAUUAAGUGACAAACCUAGUAAAUUAAUUAGUGAAUAAUAUAAUACGUGUCUGAGAUUUAACCUUACUUGUUUGUUAAAUCAGUUAAUAACAAAAAUCACCAUGCCUAAAGGAAGGAAAAAAUACUCGAAAUACGGUAAGUGAAGUGAAUUGUCUGUUGUAACUGUUUCAGUAUGAUUUGUAACGCGUGCACACCUGGUAUUUGCCAAGAAUGAGAUCACGCGGCGACCUUGUGGUUGCUGACUUUCCGCGCCGUAAUGACAUGUCCACGUAUAUAUUUAUGCUCACAGAACGAUGUUCCCACGUCGUACAAUUAGUUAUUAGCCCAAAACCGAUUUCCAUAUGUUGCACAUUGUCACUUCCGUAUUUGCCUGUUCCUUAUGUUUUGAAUUCUCAAACUGCAAUAUUUGUUCAUAAUACAAUAACACUACCACUUUCGAAAUUUCAUAAUACAAACCUACCUAUGUUAAAUUAUACUAGAUACUUAAAAAUCAAUUCAACCUUGUUGUAUUUUUUGUUGUUUUACUAUUAUCUAUUAGUAUGUUAGUCAGGAAUUGUGUUUUGCAAUAGCUCCAGUAGUCAUUUUUAUUGUACUUUCUCUCUCUCUGCAUCACAAUUAAACAUUGACACAAUAAAUAACAACAUGUUACACAAAGAAAAAUGGUGGUGGUGCAACAAUUGGCUGCAACAACAUUGCUCAUAAGGUUAUGAGCAAUGUUGUUUGUUCAGUUGUUGGUAAACAAUAAAAUUACAGAACAGAGCAGCCUGCCUCAUCUGAUGAGGAUGCCGGCAUUGACAUGACAAACGACAACUGCUCCGAGAUCUCUAUGCAGUCUGAUUCCAGGAGUAAUCAUGAUGAAGUGGUCGAAAGCGAAGCGGAGAAGUUCGAGGAGAAGGUGAUGGAGAUCAUCGACGGUCUGGGCGCGCGCGCGGCCUUGGCCCGAGCGGCGGCGUUAGUGUCACUCCGUAAUGCGCUACAGCGGAGACACGUGGGAGCGCUGCUGUACGGCCACCGCGUCACGCUCGCGGAGGUGGUGUCGCGCACCGUGCGCCGCGGCCGCGAGGUUGAGAGGAAGGCCGCCGCCGGGAUAGCGCCGGUGCUAGCGCUGCAGAUCGGAGAGGAGAGUACAGAAGCAUAUAUGAAAGAAGUGCGACCGGCGUUGGCCGCAGCUGCUGUAGACCGCUCCGCCUCCAUAGAGACGCGCACUGAGUGUUGCGCAUCACUGGCCGUGCUGUGCUACCUGUUGGAGGAAGACAUCACUGAAAUAUUGGAAAUCAUGAAAAUGUACGAAACCAUCUUCAGUGGCAGCUAUCCUAAAGGCGACGGCAGCGUUAAAGUAUCCGGCGCUGUGGUGGAAGAGGCCGCUUUGCACGCGAGCGCGUUAGACGGGUGGGCGCUACUGCUGACCAUGGUGCCCGAAGUGCACGCGCGCUCGCUGCUGCAGUGCGCGCCGCCGGCCUGCGCGCGCCUCGCCUCGCUGCUGGACGCGCACGGGCUCGAGGUCCGUUUGGCAGCCGGUGGGGCUUUGGCGAUCGCUCACGAACACACUGCCGAUCCUGACGGGCCAGAAGAAGAAUAUGUGGCAGAAAUCAUACCUCAGCUGCUUCAAUUAACGAAAGAUUCACACAAGUACCGCGCUAAGAGGGACCGCAAGUUGCAGCGAGCCACUUUCCGGGACAUUCUCAAAUACUUCGAGGAGAACGAGGUGCCAUCGCUAUCCGUCCGCGUGGGCGCCGAGCACGUGGUGUGCGACACGUGGGGCACACGCGCCGCCUACAGCGCCCUCACCGCCGCCCUCGCCGGAGCCCUGCCCGCCCUCGCGCCCCACGCGCCCUCCCUGCGCCGCGCCCUGCGCCUCACCGCCGCCCCGCUCGUGCCCGUCCGCAGCCUCAACAAGAUGCAGCGGCAUUUAAAGAACAGCGCCGCGUCGAAGGCGCGUACAGUCGCACGAAACAAGAGCCGCGACAAGCGUUCCGCUGCACUCGCCAUAUGAACCCGGCCCUCACCACAACCACAUCGAUGCUACCAGAAUCAUCAAACAUCUCGCCGCCUCUGAACCAACUACACCUACGAACACGUUAACACCAAAAAUAGAUAACGCAGAAGGCAAUCUACAUACAAGGUGCGCUCGAGCAACGCACAACCAAUUUUGAUCCUAUCAAUCAACUAUUAUUUUAAUGUAUAGUAACAAUUUAUUAUUUUACUUACUUGAAUUGGGGCUCGACCUGUAGAAGAUCCUUAUAUUAUCACAGGACAAAUUUUAACUAUUUUGUAUUUCUCAUAUUAUAUUUUAAUGCCUAUAAUUAAGACAACGCUCACGGACACGGCGUCUAGAAUCGCUACGGAUCAGAGCGAGCGCGAGUUUCAUCCGCUUUAGACAACAAUUGUUAUUAUAACUGUCCACGGUGGAUGGUUGUUUAAAUGCAACAUUAGCGGUGAAUAUUUGUUAUUUAAUUUCUCAUAUAACAAUAACAUUAUAAUAGUUUCAGUUAUUAUUGCUUUAUAUUUCCAUUCUUCCUGUUUCAUUGACAACAAUAAAUCAAACAUCUGGUUACAAGAUAGCGACUGCCGAGUGUAGGUAUGAUAAUUAAAGUACAUAUAUAAGAUUGCCUUCUGUACUAUCUAUUUUGUGUUAAAACGCAGUGAGAUUUUCGUUUUCCUCAGUGCGUUUUUAUCCCGACAAUCUCGGUUCCGACCAAAAAAAAAACAGUUGGCUGUACAUUAAUUAGUAUUAUAACCACGGUUUAGAUUAAACGCUAGCGUUGUUAGAUCACGAGUCUAGUGUUAGCUUAGGCUAGGUGCCGAACCAAAGAAAUUGAGAAAAAAAUUAAAAUGAAAAAAAGUUGGAACCGUUUUUUUUUCGUUCGAGGUCUGGUGUUCUAUUUUAAGUUUUUUUUAUCUACUAUGUUUAUUGCUCACGCACCGUAUGAUUUCUAAAUUUCACUUCUCACACGAGAUCGGAGUAAUUUUUUUAUAGUUAGUGAUGAAUUUCAUAUCCUUUGCGAAGGGAGUAUGUUUUGAGAAUAACUAAAUAUUAUUAGAUAGACGUUGUCGUACCGUUUUAUAUUAAAUUACGUUUUUGCUUACUCCAUAUCUUGGUGAUUUGGUUUGGCUGUCUCUUCUCUACAGAGUAAUGAGUCUUCUAACUGCCAUUAACUCAAUCGCAAUGUUUAGUGAAUUAUUAUAAUCCAAUUUUACUUUUGUUGAAUUAUUGAUAUUUUUAUAUCAAUUUAAAUAUUGUUAGGGAUUUCGUGUUACAUAUUGAUUAUAUUAUUAUUUUAUUAUAGACCAUUUUCUCACCAUUAUUGUGACGGUUUGUUUGUCAUAGGUUUGUUAUUUUAAUGCAAAUUAAUCAAGUUGUGGAGUAAGGGACAUUAAUUAUAAUGAUUAUUUGUAUGUGUGGUUUGCAUGUUGUGGAGGCUGAUUCUAACAAUGUGCAAUUCAUAUACUUCCAGCCCGUUUAAACAUCCGUAGUAGUCGUUUCGUUACUGCUUACGUUAUCGUUAAAGACGCAUAGACGUGAUAUUGAUGAUAUUUCGCGAUCCGGAGCGUGGUAUUGAUGAUAUUUCGCGAUCCGGAGCGUGAUAUUUAGGACAAAUCGUGAUUAAUUACGAUUACAUAUCAAUACAGUUACACGCAGUGUACUUAUUAGUGUUUGACGAAAUAGGUAUCUAUUAAAAAUUACUAAGAAUUAUGUUCGUCAUUUGUCACGAUUCUUGAGAAUGUAAGAAGACACGAGUUUGAUGGGAAAAUAAUAAUAUUCACUCACGCUCCGGAGAGAGAUUGGACCACGUUUGAACGGGCUGGUGUUUAGAAUAAAACUUCUCUGUAAAUAUUAUUUUAAUUGAUAUUCGUCGUUGCGGCCGCCUGCCUCUUAUUGUACAUUAAUUUAGGCUAUACGGAAUGUUGAAAUAAUAUUUAUGACGAGGAAA